AUGAGCGUCUCUAUAAAGAAAUCGAGCCCUGCCCUCCUUAUGCCGACGUCGUCAACAUCGUCAACAUCGUCGUCGGAGAAGAAGCAGGGGCAGGGUCAGAGGCAGAUGAACACCAAUAUUAGGUACCCAUUCUGGUUCGGAGGGAGCGCAAGCAGCAUGGCAGCGUGUGUUACGCACCCGUUGGAUCUGGUCAAGGUCCGGCUCCAGACGCAGGCUCAAACCCUCGGCACCGGCGCAUCCAAGACGAUGAGAGGUACAGUGGUCCGGAUCUUCCAGACCGAGGGGAUCCUGGGCUUCUACAGCGGAAUCUCGGCAUCGCUGCUCCGUCAACUGACGUACGCGACGGUGCGGUUCGGCCUGUACGAAGAGAUGAAACAGCGGGCGGGCAGCAACCCCAGCUUCCCGUUGCUCGUGGUCAUGGCGUCGGUCUCCGGGUUCGCAGGCGGCGUGGCGGGCAACUUCGCCGACGUGCUCAACGUGCGGAUGCAGCACGACUCGGCGCUUCCCGCGCACGCGCGGCGCAACUACAAGCACGCCGUCGAUGGCAUGGUGCGCAUGGCACGCGAGGAGGGCCUCCGAGGCUGGUUCCGUGGCUGGGUGCCCAACAGCAGCCGCGCGGCGGUGCAGACGGCAAGCCAGCUGGCCAGCUACGACGUCGCGAAGCGUCUGCUGCGCCAGUACACGCCGCUGGGCGACGACACGCUGCCUACACAGCUGACGGCGUCUUUCCUGGCGGGCAUCACAGCCGCGACCGUGACGAGCCCCAUCGACGUGAUCAAGACGAGAGUCAUGUCGGCGACGGGCAAGCAGCAGCAGGGCAUUGUGGAGAUUAUCAAGACCGUGUCCCGGAACGAGGGCCCGCGAUGGAUGUUCAAGGGCUGGCUUCCUAGUUUCCUCCGCCUUGGACCACACACGAUCUGCAUAUUCAUCUUCCUCGAGCUGCACCGCAAGGUAUAUCGAGGUCUUCAGCAAGGGCAAGGCUUGGACGGCGCUGACGGGAAGGACGGCGAGAAGGUCGUGGGCGCGGGAGUGGGAGCGGCAGGGAGUUCCCUUUCUCCGACGGUGGCACCGCCGCCGCAGAAGUUGUAA